UAUCUGCAAUAUAUCUCAUAGGUGCAGAGAUGAUAACAGUGACACUAAUACAAAAGGUUAAUAAGUAAUACUAUCAAACAAAUAGUUUUUUUUCACUGUUCUACGGAAAUUCCAUCUUUGGACCCCUAAGCGCGCAGACGCAGCUCUGCUAGACAAUAUCCCGCCCUUCACGGGAGCGCAUGCGCUUUAGAGCCCAGUGCCGCCCAUGUGUCCCGCUUCCUGUCAGUCCGGCUGCGCAUGCGCAAAGUGGAGUCGGUAUUAUGGCGGCCGCGGUGUUGACCGAGGCCUCUGCUUAUUCUGGGAUUACUCAUAACAGCCAUGGAGCAGCGUCGGGGAUCGGAGUGGGCGCAGGACCGGCUGCAUGGAGCCGGUCUUUGGAGAGGGCAUUGGAGGAAGCGGCGGUGACCGGGUUCCUUAACCUGAGUGGCAGGAAACUGAGAGAGUUUCCGCGGAGUGCGGUCCAGCAUGAUCUCAGCGACACCACCCAAGCCGAUCUAUCUCGGAAUAGGCUAAGUGAGAUUCCACCUGAGAUUUGCAACUGUGUUUCUUUGGAGACUCUGAACUUCUACCAGAACUGCAUACGACAUGUGCCAGAAGCAACUCUGAAUUUACAGGCAUUGGCCUUUCUGAAUAUCAGUCGCAAUCAGCUCAUAUCACUGCCUGGAUACAUCUGCAGCCUUCCCUUGAAAGUUCUUAUUGCCAGUAACAACAAGCUGGAUAAUUUGCCAGAAGAGAUUGGAGCGUUAAGGAAUCUGACUGAACUGGAUGUAAGCUGUAAUGAAAUCCAGACAAUACCUACGCAAAUUGGAAAGUUAGAAUCUUUAAGGGACUUAAACAUCAGAAGAAACCACCUGGUACAACUACCAGAAGAACUUGCAGAACUGCCACUAGUCCGCUUGGAUUUUUCCUGUAAUAAAGUUACUUGUAUUCCGGUAUGCUUUCGAAACCUACGGCAUCUCCAGACCAUCGCCCUUGAUAAUAAUCCUCUGCAGUCUCCACCAGCACAGAUCUGUAUCAAAGGUAAAAUCCAUAUAUUCAAAUACUUGAACAUUGAAGCCUGCAAGAAUGCGCCUGAUAUUCCCGAUUAUGACCGGAGAACACUUGGAUUUAGCACUUGCCACGAUGAAGUCUAUACUGGACGCAGGUAUGGAGCUCUGGACUCUGGUUUUAACAGCGUGGAUAGUGGCGACAAGAGGUGGUCUGGUAAUGAGCCAACUGAGGUGUUCUCAGACCUAUCUGUAAGAAACGGUGAUGCAGGCAGAGAUCAGCGACUUCGGAGAGAACAUCAUCUGCAAGAGAGCAGGAGCAACUUGGUUAUUCCUAACGGUGGUGUGGAACAUGAUUUAGAUCAGUUUGAUUACAUAGAUAGUUCUGCUACAGAGGAGGAGGAGGAGGACAAUAGGCUAUCCCGAGGAAAUAGCCUGAGCUCACCAUUCAAGGCUUACAUAGAGGAUAGGCGGAUUUCCAAUGAGGGAUCGCCUGUAAAACAAUCACCAGCAAAAGAGAAUCUCAGAACAGCUGAUGGAAAGAUUCUUUUACAUCGAACCAGAGAAAGAGACGAACUAAGAAGGCCAGAAUCCUUAGGUAUUCUGCACAACAAGGAAAGGCAGCUGUCCUCACGAAUGCAAAAUGAAAGGCAACCUCUGGAUGCUAGUUACUUGCUUUCCAUAACACAGAACUCCAACCACGUAAUGCAAGCAGACACAGAACUACAACGUAAGAGAGUUUUGCUAGAAAGCACUAGGAGAGAGGCACAAAUAGCAGCUCAGCGGUAUGAAGAAGAGAGAAUAAGAAGUGGCUUAUCACAGACUGAUUCUUUGCGUGGCUCGUUAAAAAGUGUAUCCCUGAGCCCUGAGCAAAAGAGCCUCCUCAGCAAUCAGAAUCCCUUCCCAUCCAGACGUUCCCAGCACACAGAUGAUAGUGCCUUGUUAGUGAAUGGGUUUGAGCAACACUUGGUCUUUGAGGUUGACAGUAACACCAAUACCAUUAAAAGGAGACCAGGAAACCACAUGCAGAGUGAUGAGAGACCGUCUGUUUCAUCUGUAUCGCCUGCCUCUCAAACAGUGCACCUGUCCUCGCCAGCUUCUUCUAAUUCUUGCCGACACCCCUCACGUCCUGAAAGCUUCUUAUUUAGAGCUGCAAUACGAGAAGAUGUUAAGAGAGGUAGCACACCUCCUCCUGCCUUCUCUUCCAGUGAGUCUACAAAUGUAAGAACUGAACAGAACUCUAAAUCAAGACAAGAGGAGCGGGCAGGGACAGAACAGCUCAGAAAGAAUAUUGAGUCACGCUUAAAGCUCUCUCUUCCCCAUGACCUUGGUGCUGCUCUGAUGGAUGGUGUUGUCCUGUGUCACUUGGCCAAUCAUGUUCGACCUCGAUCAGUUCAGAGUAUCCAUGUUCCCUCUCCUGCUGUUCCCAAGCUCUCAAUGGCAAAAUGCAGACGCAAUGUGGAAAAUUUCCUGGAAGCCUGUAGGAAAAUUGGUGUGCCUCAGGACAAAGUUUGUCUCCCUUCAGAUAUUCUCCAGCUAAACCUCUGCAGCAUUAAGGGAACUCUGGAAUGUCUUCUCUCCUUUGGAGAAUACUCACAAGCACCUGCUAUUUCUCUUCACCUCCUGGGCUUUGUGGUGUUCUACUGCACCCUUAUGCUUCUUCUCUUCCUGCUUUAUCGCUGGGUUCUUAACUUCUGGACACGGGCAUAAAAAAAGGCAGGGGUUACGUUUGAAGGGAAGAGUGAACAGUUUUCUCCUUAAAGCUGUUCUGUGAUAAGCAGAUUGUGUUAUACCUGUACUUUGCUACAGACUACUGUAUCUGUGCAUAGCAAGUAUGCACUUCACAACUAUGCUUUAAGGAUCUUCUACUAAACACUUUCUGUUGACUUCUAAACAAAAGCCAUGGGUGCAACAAUCAUCCCAUAUUUCCAUGGUAUUUCUUCAAAGGAGAAUUAAACCCUAAAGUUAAAAAAUCCUACCCUACAUAGACCCCCCCCCCCCAGCCUAGCUGCUACCCCGGCAGCUGCAGGGAGAGGGGUCUAUGUAGGGUAGGGUUUUAGUUCUCCUUUAAGUUGAGGAGAUUUAAAACUGUUAAAGUAAACCAUUCUUUAUUUGUAUUGAAAAGGAAACAUUAGGUUAAUGCUGUCUUGCACUUUCCUGCUACCUGAAUUCCAGUUCUAUCAUCCCUGGCAAAUGGUAGAGGUGAACUGUGGUGCAUCCAAGGCAACUGUGGCAGAAAGGUUAAAUCACAAUAUUCCAGUGUGACGAUAAGGAAGGAGUUUAAUUUUAUUGCACACAUGUAUUGCACACGUAUAGAUCUUUCAUCUCUCCUCAAAGUACUGUAUUAUUUGUGUGCCUUUAUUAUUAACCACAGCUAAGCCUUUGUAUACAGGCCACAUAUCUAUAACCUAGGAACUUAACAGGCUUAGGCUAUUCAUUUGGUGCUCUUAAAAGCCGUUCUACCAAAGUUGAUUUUCUUGUGGUUUGCUUUUGACUCUCUAAUGCUGCAAAGAAACCGCAGUACUUGGUGCUCACUCAGUCCUAGUUAAUAUGCACAUAGACUAAUAGAAAUCACUAUGAUAUGCCCAAGAACAAGCCAUCACAAAAAACACUGUUUAGCCUACUUCUCCAUGAACGAUUGCAAGUAUUAUUUCAAUGGCCUGCAAACCGACUGGAUCCAGAAUAACAUUCUGUUUUCAGACUUUUCCAGCUAUCGGGGGACUUGGCAGUUCAUUAAGACUCCACGUUCAACUGGUUUCUAAUUAAUCCAGAAGAUUUCCAAAGUGACUCUGGUCUGGGAAAGUAUCUUGCAUGAAACCACUUCAGCCCAGCUGAUUUGUAUGGUAAAUGCAAGGUAUUUGCCAAACCAGAAAUUAUCUCAUGGAGGUCUUAUAAUAGCCGAUAACAGACUACUGUACUACACAAAUAUGACUGUUCCUACAAAAAAAUAUGUAUUUCCAUAUACCACUUUUUCAGAUACUUUAAAUUAAUGAAUAAUUCUGUAUAUCGGUGUUGUUCAAGCAUUUGUAUGGGGUUAUGUAAUAAACGACACUGUUUGCCCUAGGUGUAGUAACCCAUAGGAGGUAGCAAUUAUUGGUAACCUGUUUAUAAGCAUACAUCUUAUUGGUUACUUAGAAGUACUGCACUUAACCUGCACAAACUUAGUGCCUUUUAUUACAUAUGGGAGUUCUUGUUUUACAAAUCAGCUGCUGAAUCUAUUAUAUUGUAUAUGAUUAACUGGAACCCCCUUCCCAUCUAUUGCAUCAGGAACCCUAAAUAUUAUUUUGCUGUUUAAUCAAGUAAUUUUGUCAUUCCUGUUUUUUUUGUGAGUUUAAAGCUUAUGUCUAAGGGUAGUUUAAAAGGAAAUUCUACCAUGAAUUGUUCUACCAUGGCGUCCUUUGUAAUGUAGAUAUCUAAUGUUGGAGUGUGGAUUUGUAGGUUCGGUGCCUUACCCAUUCUGAUUGUUAACUUUCUAUUCUGUUAAGUCAUAGAAAUGAAUACCAAAUUACAGGUUUGAGUAGCACAAUAAAUUGCAAGCUGCUGGCAAUGUUAAAGGAUAAGUGCAAAGCACUGAUAUUUUAAUUGUGCUUUAUCAUCUCUAUGCCAACUGCACUUUGUUUUUCUGCUAUGUUUUUGUUAAUAAAUUUUGCUACAGACUUCA